AUUCACUUCACUUCUAACUUUAAGUCUGAUUACUUAUAAGAUUAUUUUACCCCAAUAGUAAAUAUUAGAUACUAUACCUAUAUUAGGUAUAAUUCUUUAAUAUGUUAUUAUUUUCAUCUCCAUAAUUAGGAUAUAUACUGCACAUACAUUUAAAUCACUCAGUAUCAGCAGCAAUACUGGGUUUUAAUAUAAAACAAGAAUGUUAUCAAAUAAACUGAUACAUUAACUGAAAGAUGUCUGAUAACGAGAUAGAGAGCAGUGUGAUAACAUGUGAGCCUGAAGAGGGUGAGCUGACCAAUAUGUUUGCAAGUGUAUGGGUCAAAGUAGAAGUGCAGGCUGACGCUCAAGCUGAUGUAGACACCCCUUCACACACUCCGAAACCCAGGAAAAGUAAAAAGAAGAAGGGUAAAGAAGAACUUGCAUGUCAACAUUGUGACUACACAACUAUACAUAAGAACUGUCUCAGAUACCACAUCCAUGGUCAUGAUAACAAGUUACUUACAUGUGAGCAUUGCUCUUACACUACUAAAUAUCCUAACUCCCUCAAUCGUCACUGUAAACUCCAACACAACCUCUCCCCAGAAGAAACCAAAGACAAUACCUAUAAAUGUGAAUAUGAGAACUGUGAGUAUGUAACUUACUAUCGUUGGAACUUGAAUGUCCAUCAGCGAAAACAUAAACUAGAAAAACAUCACAAAUGUCCAAAAUGUGACUAUCGUACAGCCUAUAGACACAAUCUAUUGAAACACAGUAAAAGCCAUAAUGAAGGAGUUUUCUUUAAAUGUGAUAAAUGUCCAUUUGUUACCAAAUAUGAAGGACACAUUUCUAGACACCUUGCUAAAAUACACAAUGAAGUGUCAGAGGGUGCAAAUAGAUGUGAUAUGUGUGAUUUCUCAACUAAGAUCCGUUGGAGACUAAACACGCACAAACAGCGCAGCCGGCAGAGCAAUAACUUAAAGUGUGAGCAUUGUGAAUUUACAACAUUUUAUAUGUGUGAGCAUAAAAAGCACAAAGAGUUACACUUUGGAGCUAUAUAUGUCAACAAGAAUACAGAAUCAAGUGUGUCUCAACCUCAACCAAGCCUGCCACUGGACAUCCCCAAAGUCGAAUCAGAAUCACAACGGGACCAAUACGUGAUAGACCCUAACUGUCUCGAUUGGAACAGCAUUCAAGUAUUGGAGUCUGAAGACAAAGAAAGACCAUUCAUGUGCUUAAUGUGCUCUUACACCUCCAAAUUUAAAGCAGCUGUUCAAAGACACUUUCAGAGACAUCACACUGGCACUAAGAACCGACCAUACAAAUGUUGCAACUGUGACUUUUCAACAAAAACCAAAGAUCAAAUCGCUCUGCACAACAAACGGAGUAAAUCUGAUAAACUAUUGCAUUGCCCUAUUUGCAGGUUUUCAACUAUGUUCAAGUGCCACCUAGCAAUGCAUCAAAAAACCCACUAUACAUUUAAAUGUACAAUGUGUUCAUAUUCCUGCCGUCAGAAAUAUGAUUUGAAGAAGCACUAUGCGGUUGCACACAUGGGAAAGGGGUUGAAAUGUCAUUUUUGUGAUUAUGUUGCAGCCAGGAAAGAGAGUCUACUCUGCCAUGAGGCAAUUCACACGGGAAAUAAGCCUUUUAAGUGCACCCUUUGUAACUACAGCUCAGUGAGACGAUCUCUUCUGGAUGUUCAUACGAGGAGAUUUCAUUGUGAUCGACGACCUGAUGUCACCAUAGUCAGUGAUGACAAAAUUGAGUCCCUCAAAGUGCCGCUGCCUGAGUUAUUAAACCAGUUAAAGGAAAUAGAGUCAUUUCAAUUUCCACAGUGAUUAGAGAAGUUGUGAAUAGAAAGAAGUGUACAUAGAAUAGAUUUUUAGGAUUAUUUAAUAAUACACUUCGUUGGAGAUAAAGUUAACCUAAGAACGGUGUAAUAACUUGUUCGCGGAUAACUUUUCAAAUAUUGUCAGUUUCAAUAAUAUAGGAUUAUUACAGAAGAUGUUUAGAUAUUUUACAAAACUAAUUUUUUACGAUACAUUACGUAAUAAAAUAACAAUAUAGGUAAAAGAUACUAGAACUACAUAAAAUGUAAAUAAAGGUCUUACA